ACUUAUGCCACCCUCUUCACCCAAACGCGCGUCUACCCCCUCCUCACCAUAUCCUACGACGACCCGCGCUCUCGGCAGCGCAUCGCCCCCGACCGCGAUUGUGGACGGAACCAUGAUUGGAACGCUACGAUCCACUUGCUCUGCAUCCCCGCAAGCAUACUUGAAGACCGCGAUGUCGGCUUCGUUCAAAUUCCCCUGCACGACAUUAUCGCCACUCCCGACGAUACUCGCUUUGUUAGCUACCAGGUCUGCCGCCCACUCUCCGCAGCGGCGAAGCUGGAUCAAGAAUUGAUGAUUGCAUGCCCGCCGGUGGGAUAUUACGUUGCGCCACAGCCAUAUGGAUGCGGGACUCCAGCGAUGCCGGUGGGAUAUGGUUAUGCUCCGACGGGAUAUGGGGUUUCAGGAAAGGGGUUGUUAUGUUUGUAUUAUUAUUCGUCCACUUCGGUCUAUCGGGCUUCAGUACUCUCAGGUUUUGGCCUCUUGGGCUUCGGCACUCUCAGGCUUCAGUACUCUCCGGCUUCGGCACUCAGUUUCGGCACUCUCGGUUUCGACAACUUGAGCAUUUUUUGUCGCGACAAUGUUAUCAGCUUCUUAUUGACAAAUUGA